AUGGAUUCAGAGGAAGAGAAAACUGGAGAGAUUUACGGAACAUCACAAUCUUCCUCGCUGAUACAAGGUAUUGUUGAGCAAGCUGCCAUAGAUAAACAAGAGGAGAACAGAGGAGAAAUCCAACAGAGAGUAACACAUGAUGAAGAAGAAGAAGAAGAGUACAGAUCUCAACCAGACCCGAUUCCACUCGAUCUAACCUUGGAGAUACUCUCAAGACUUCCUGCAAAAUCUAUUAUGAGGUUUCUCUGCGUAUCAAAGCUCUGGUCUUCCUACACUACACUUCCAAGUUUUAUCAGCUCAUUCGCGAGUCGGCCAUGGCGUCUUGUGCUCACCUUCUUGAAAUAUAAAAAGCGGUUCGUUUUCUCGUUCCCUCAACACGAGAAUACUGACGAGUCUUAUUCUACAGUAUACAGUUAUGAGAUGAAAAACGCAAACUCUUGGAGGCGUAACUGCAGUUAUUAUCCGUCUCAAUCCGUCCCGGGCUUUAAUGUAUAUUGUUUAUUUGAUUUUUCUAGUGAUAUAUUUAGAGAUGCUAGUGACUGUGGUCAUGUUCGUUUGGUGAACUAG